AUGACCGCCGACAUGUGGAGAGUUUACAAUCGCACGUUAUACAAUCUGCCCAAAGUCACCUUCUCUGUGAACGGUAGCUCCAUUACGAUUGAGGUUCUUCAUGGUUCAAAUUUUAAGAAAUGGAGAGAGGAUUUUCUGUUUGCUAUGGAACCGACGGAUGUUCAUGUGGCUCUUUAUGAAGAUAAGCCAGCUAAUCUCAUUGAGACCAGUACAACAAUUGAGAUGGCACGUUUUGCCGCUUGGGAAAAGAGCAACAGGAUAUGCUUGUUAUCAAUGAAGCGAUCCAUACAUGAACAUUUAAAGAGUAGUCUCGCAGUUGAUUGUACUGCGAAAGAAAUUAUUGAAGUUUUGAUGGCCAGAAACCGAGUAUCAUCUAAUGCUGAGGUUGGAACACUUGUUUAG